AUGGUGGUUUGGAAGCGGGCACUGGUUAAUGACAAUAAUGAAGGUAAUAUAGAUGGUGAUGGUGUUAGUGAUAGUGAUUUGCAUCAUGAGAACAAGGAGAGUGAGAAGUCUGCAUUGCAGACUGAGUGUCGUCUUGUUUCACCUUGUGGUAUAAAUAUUGGUCAAGAAAUGGCUUUAAAGAAAGAUUUCUUCCAAGACGAUAAAAUUAGCGAAUUACCUGACUGUAUCAUCCACAUCAUUUUUCCUUUUCUUUCAAUUGAAGAUGUUCUUAGAAUUUAUGCACUAUCAAAAAGAUGGAAAUCUCUUCUAAUCUCCAUUUUUGAUAUUGUUUUCGAUGAGACUAAAUAUCAGUUGAGGUCGGAUUUGAAGACAAACUUUUUCCAUUCUCUGGAAACAAUUCUUUUCCCUCAUAGUGCUCCAUGUAUAAGAAAAUUUAGUCUCAUUUUUAAGGAUAAGAAUAUCGGUCUAUCUCGUCUUAACUCAUGGGUAUCUGUUGUAGUAAGUCUUAAGGUUCAAGAGCUUGAUCUUUCUCUCCCUAUUUCACCAUUGUUGCCUGAUAACCUUUUCACUUACGAAUCACUCAGCAUAUUGAAAUUGAAUUUCAGUUUCAAUGUUCCUACAUUCAUACAAGUCCCAAAACUUAAAACUUUACAUUUACGAGUUCUAGGUGAUCUAUCCGCUCAGCUUCUCGAACAACUUUUCUCUAGUUGUCCAGCCCUUCAGGAGUUGGCUUUAAACAUAGACAAUUGGAAUAACCGUAAGAAAAUCACCAUAUCUAUUCGCACUCUAAGGACAUUGGUUGUUUGUCCAUACAUCGAUGAAGAAAUUUCGAAACAGCGGGCUAAGGAAAUUAUGGCUCGACAUGCAAUAAAACUCAUGCGGGGAAUUCAUCAUGUCAAAUUUCUUACUCUGUCAAAUGAUAUACUUGAGUCUUGAGGUUCUACUACCGAGAUAUCAUUCCUUUUUGAUAGAUUUACUGCUCUGUUUAACGUCUCGCCUCAAAACUGUUAGUAUCUCAUAUUUUGAUUUGGAUGUCAUGGACGAUCGUUUCAUAAAAUGUGUGCUUGAGAAUGCAAGACUUUUGGAGCGAGUUGCAAUCAUUUGUUUUGAGGACUAUGCCAUAGAUUUGGAGAAGCAAAAGGAGAUCAAUCAUCAGUUACAAGAAAUUUGCACCUCAGCAGGUUGCAUAAUCAAGUUCUACCAGAAUGGUUCUCCGUCUUCAGAACGUGACCUUUCCCAAUGAUUUACCUACUUUAAAACUUGUUCAACAAUAUGCGAUUUGCUUUCUUGCAGCUGACUUAGAAAAUGU